AUGGUUUGUGCACGAAUUAUUGAAUUUUUAUUAGUUACUAUCCUAAUCACUACUUUCUUAUUUUCACCUAUUAUUACAUUUCUGCUUAUCAUUAUUCCGAUUAUUCUUCUUUGUUUAUUUAAACAAUUUUGGUAUUUAUUUAUCAUUCUUGGUAUUUGUCUGAUAUAUGGCUGUUGGGUUUUCUUUGACUAUCAUACUGAUUCCAAAGGAGGUCGAUGGUCAGAUCGAUUUCGUCGAUUAUGUAUAUGGAAAAAAUUUGCAAAUUAUUUUCCUCUUAAAUUAAUUAAAAGUGAAGAUCUUGAUCCAAAUCGAAAUUAUAUAUUUGGAUAUCAUCCACAUGGAGCGUUUGCUUUGAGUGCUUUCGGCAAUUUUGCUACAGAUGCUACAGAUUUUUCAAUUCUUUUCCCAAAUAUUCGUCCUCAUUUAAUGCUUCUUCGUCUUCAAUUUCUAUUUCCAUGUACACGUGAUCUAUUUCUCAACUUAGGCGCAUGUUGUGUAUCAAGGAAUAGUUGUGAAUAUCUACUUAGUGGUAAAUGUGGUCAAGGUAAUGCAUUAGUUAUUGUUCUCGGUGGUGUUCCUGAAAUGCAUAUAACAAGAAAUGAUACUAUGAUAUUUUAUAUAAAGAGAAGAAAAGGUUUUGUCAAAUUAGCAUUAAAAUAUGGUGCUUCAUUAGUACCUGUUAUUUCAUUUGGAGAAAAUGAACUUUAUGAAAGACGAACUUGUUUUAAUUUGAUACCGAACGGUAUUCCUUGUGGUCGAUCGAUUAUUGGACAUAUUCCACUUCGAAAUUCUGUGAUUACUGUUGUUGGAAAACCAAUUCAUGUCAAUCAAAUUGUUGAUCCAACUGCUACUGAUAUAGAUCAACUUCAUAAUGAAUAUAUUCAAGCAAUUGAACAAUUAUUUCAAGCAAACAAAUGUCAAUAUGGAUUAGAACAUGUAAACCUUGAAAUCAUUUAG